AUCACAACCAGGAAGCACCACACGCAUCAAGAAUCUCUCUCUGUCUCUCGCCCACAGAGCCACCCACGGGCCGGCCGUGAGAAAGAAAGAGGUCAGUCACGCUUUGUGCGAUGGAGGUUACCCCGAACCACACGCAGGCCGCGAGCGGGUGGGCGGCCAUGGAGGCGUCCGGCAAGGUGGUGCCCUUCGCCUUCAAGCGCCGUGAGAACGGCGUGGACGACGUCACCAUCAAGGUGCACUACUGCGGCAUGUGCCACACCGACCUCCACUUCAUCAACAACGACUGGGGCAUCACCAUGUACCCCGUCGUGCCCGGCCACGAGAUCACCGGCGUCGUCACCAAGGUCGGCUCCGACGUCUCCGGCUUCAGGCCCGGCGACCGCGUCGGCGUGGGCUGCAUCGCCGCCUCCUGCCUCGACUGCGACCACUGCCGCCGCUCCGAGGAGAACUACUGCGACAAGGUCGCCCUCACCUACAACGGCAUCUUCUGGGACGGCAGCGUCACCUACGGCGGCUACUCCAACAUGCUCGUCGCGCACAAGCGCUUCCUCGUGCGCAUCCCGGACGCCCUCCCGCUGGACGCCGCCGCGCCGCUGCUGUGCGCCGGGAUCACCGUGUACAGCCCCAUGAAGCAGCACGGGAUGCUGCACGCUGGCAGGAGGCUCGGCGUGGUCGGGCUGGGCGGGCUGGGCCACGUCGCCGUCAAGUUCGGCAAGGCCUUCGGGCUCAAGGUCACCGUCAUCAGCACGUCGCCGGCCAAGGAGCGCGAGGCCAGGGAGAGCCUCAAGGCCGACGACUUCGUCCUCAGCACCGACGACAAGCAGAUGCAGGCCAUGGCGAGGAGCCUGGACUACGUGAUCGACACGGUGUCGACGCAGCACUCGCUGGGGCCCAUCCUGGAGCUGCUCAAGGUGAACGGCAAGCUGGUGCUGGUGGCGGCGCCGGACAAGCCCGUGGAGCUGCCGUCCUUCCCGCUCAUCUUCGGGAAGAGGACGGUGAGCGGGAGCAUGACUGGGGGCAUGAAGGAGACGCAGGAGAUGAUGGACCUGUGCGGGGAGCACGGCAUCACCGCCGACAUCGAGCUCGUCUCCACCGACGGGAUCAACGACGCGCUGGCCAGGCUCGCGCGCAACGACGUGCGCUACCGCUUCGUCGUCGACGUCGCCGGGAAUGGCUCCAGGCUCUAGUUACCAUUCCGUCCGUCUACACGGUGUGGCGUACGGGGGGUGACCGAGUACGUAUACGAACACCUUCAGUAUACGAAGGGUGAUGGGUUUAUUUAUUUAUUUUCUUUUGCGGGGUGGUGAUCGUUCGUAUGAUGGGUUCUUAUUAAUUUGUCAAGUAUGCAAAAAAGUCCAACACCAAGAUGUAUAGUUGGGGUAACAAAUGGAGUACUAUUUUUGACA